GCUGGGGGCCCGGCCAUGGCCGGGGAACGGCCCCCACUGCGGGGCCCUGGGCCAGGGCCCGGAGAGGCGCCGGGGGAGGGGCCCCCGGGGCCGGGGGGCACGGGUGGAGGCCCUGGCCGGGGCCGCCCCUCCUCCUACCGGGCUCUCCGCAGCGCCGUGUCCAGCCUGGCGCGCGUGGACGAUUUCCACUGCGCCGAAAAGAUCGGGGCCGGCUUCUUCUCUGAGGUCUAUAAGGUUAGGCACCGACAGUCAGGGCAAGUCAUGGUGCUGAAAAUGAACAGACUCCCCAGUAACCGAGGAAACACGCUACGGGAGGUGCAGCUGAUGAACCGGCUCCGACACCCCAACAUCCUAAGGUUCAUGGGGGUCUGUGUGCACCAGGGGCAGCUGCACGCUCUUACAGAGUAUAUGAAUGGGGGGACCCUGGAACAGCUGCUCAGCUCCCCGGAACCUCUAUCCUGGCCUGUCAGGCUCCGCCUGGCUCUGGACAUUGCCCGUGGCCUGCGGUACCUGCAUGCCAAAGGUGUAUUCCACCGAGACCUAACAUCCAAGAACUGUCUGAUACGACGGGAAGACCGAGGCUUCACGGCUGUUGUGGGUGACUUCGGGCUGGCUGAAAAGAUUCCUGUGUAUAGGGAAGGGGCAAGAAAGGAGCCAUUGGCUGUGGUAGGUUCUCCAUACUGGAUGGCUCCAGAGGUGUUGCGGGGUGAGCUGUAUGAUGAGAAGGCCGAUGUCUUUGCAUUUGGGAUUGUCCUCUGUGAGCUCAUCGCGAGAGUACCUGCAGACCCGGAUUACCUGCCCCGAACUGAGGACUUUGGCCUGGACGUGCCUGCUUUCCGGACCCUGGUGGGGGAUGACUGCCCGCUACCCUUCCUGCUCCUGGCCAUCCAUUGCUGCAGUAUGGAACCUAGCACUCGUGCUCCCUUCACCGAGAUCACCCAGCACCUGGAAUGGAUCCUGGAGCAGCUGCCUGAGCCAGCCCCUGUCCCCAGGGCUCCCCUGACACACAAUCAGAGGUCUGUUUCAAGAGGGGGUCCCUCAGCCACACUUCCUAGGCCAGACCCCCGGCUUUCCCGAAGCCGGUCAGACCUCUUCCUGCCCCCAUCACCAGAAUCACCCCCCAACUGGGGGGACAAUCUGACUCGAGUCAACCCCUUCUCACUCCGGGAAGACCUCAGGGGAGGCAAGAUCAAGCUGUUGGACACACCCAGCAAGCCAGUUGCCCCCCUGCCCCUUGUACCGCCAUCACCACUGCCCUCCAUGCAGCUGCCCUCAGUGACCGCUCCAGAGACCCUGGUCCAGCCUGGGACACCUGCCCGUCGCUGCCGCUCACUACCAUCAUCCCCUGAGCUUCCCCGACGUAUGGAGACAGCACUGCCAGGUCCUGGCCCUCCCACUGUGGGCCCCUCGGCUGAAGAAAGAAUGGAGUGUGAGGGCAGUAGCCCUGAGCCAGAACCCCCAGGACCGGCUCCCCAGCUGCCCCUGGCCGUGGCCACAGACAACUUCAUCAGCACUUGUUCCUCGGCCUCCCAGCCCUGGUCCCCUAGACCAGGACCUGCCCUUAACAACAACCCCCCAGCUGUGGUGGUCAGCUCCCCGCAAGGCUGGGCUGGGGAGCCGUGGAACCGGGCCCAGCAUAGCCUUCCCCGGGCAGCGGCCCUGGAGCGGACAGAGCCCUCGCCGCCCCCUUCAGCUCCCCGGGAGUCUGAUGAGGGGCUGCCUUGCCCCGGCUGCUGUCUUGGCCCUUUCAGCUUUGGCUUCCUAUCCAUGUGCCCUCGCCCCACACCAGCUGUUGCCCGCUACCGCAACCUGAACUGUGAGGCGGGCAGUCUCCUCUGCCACCGAGGGCACCACGCCAAGCCUCCCACACCCGGUCUGCAGCUGCCUGGGGCACGCUCUUAGCGGUGGGGCCUGUGGUCUCUGGCCUCCAACCUUGGCCUUCAGGAUGCCCCGUGAGGACAGAGCACACACAUUGGAUGGUGCCAGCCCCAGAUGGGCUGACCGCCUCCUCUCCCCACAUAGAGGAACCUCAGCAUGGACUCACGAGACAGAACAUUUCCUCUCUGGCCCCUGGGCUUGCUCUCCCGUGGGCGAUCACUGAACCAGACAAAGCAUUGCUGACACAUGAGACUAACACGUGCAAAUUAUUUAAAAAUAUUUCAAUAAAACUGCCUGGCUGGCUCCGGGCUGCCCUUAUCCACUCA